AUUUUCCGUAGUCAAAUGCAGGCUGGGAUGAAAUCCUAUUUAGUUUUUCGAUAAAAAAUCUUAUUUUAACAAUUUAGUUCCUUACAUACGUUGCAUUAUCGCUCCAUUUAUUAAUUUUGUACAUUUCAUGUUUGUGAAUGUCCAUGUGCAACAGCGUACGGGUGUAACCGCCCUUGAAAACUGUGUUACAAAGGGUCUAGAGUCAGCAUAGCAACAAGGUUUCGAUCCAUGAACCUCCUAUAUUGUGUGGUGCUCAAUGUUUAUUGUUCGAGUGCCUUCAUGAGAUGAUUUUUGAGAAUCUAUGGCGUUUGAAGGGGCAAAAGGGGGAACUAAUCUGAUAUCAUAGAGUAAGUGGUGGCGCUACCAGUAUAGGAUGAUCACUCGGCGUUGGUUCCACCCGUCGCUGACGGGCGUGGACGCGGAGCGGCUGCUGAUGGACUGCGGCCGCGACGGGUUCUUCCUCGCGCGGCCCAGCAUGAGCAACCAGGGCGACUUCACGCUGUCCGUGCGCCGCGGCAACGAGGUCACGCACAUCAAGAUACAGAACAACGGGGAAUUCCUCGACUUGUACGGCGGCGAGAAGUUCGCCACGCUCUCUGAGCUCGUCCAGUAUUACAUGGAGAACCAGGGCCAGCUGCGUGAGAAAAACGGUAACGUCAUCCGAUUAAAAACUCCACUCAACUGCGCCGAUCCUACCACUGAACGCUGGUACCACGGUCAGCUCACUGCUAAAGAAGCGGAGAGGAUGAUGCUCGAAAACGGGAAAAACGGCUCCUUUCUAGUGCGUGAGUCCCAGCGCCAGCCCGGGGACUUUGUCCUUUCCGUGAGGACCCAUGACCGCGUCACACACGUCAUCAUCCGCCGCCAGGACAAAAAGUACGACGUCGGCGGCGGCCAGCAGUUUCCCGACCUUGUCAGCCUCGUCGAGCACUACCGCAGCUUCCCCAUGGUCGAGACCACCGGCGAGGUGUUGCGCCUCAUGCAGCCCUUCAACGCCACUCGCAUCCAGGUUCGUCAUUUCCAGACCCGCGUCAAACAGCUGCAGAAGGAGAACGAGGGACCUAUAGAGAGCAUGGCCUACAAGCAGGGCUUCUGGGAGGAAUUCGAGACCCUGCAAAUGAUGGAAAACCUACAGCUGUUCGACCGCAUGGAGGGCUCCAAGCCGGAAAAUAUCAGAAAAAACCGGUACAAGAAUAUCAUCCCGUUCGACCACACCCGCGUAGUGCUUCGGGACAUCCCGCCGGACGCGCCCGCGGGUGCAGACUACAUAAACGCUAAUUACAUCCGCUGCGACAGCACCGAGCCCGGCGCCGACCACGACUGCAACGGCUCCAACGAGAAUGGCUGCCCACAGCUCCGCGGCGGCACGCCCACCAAAAGCAAAGACAAGUCGUCCCCGAAUCACACGCCUGUCACAGAAGAAAAGUCAUUAGGCUCUAAAGAAAGUCUAAAAUCGUAUGGGAACGGCUCUCAUAAGUCGCUUCCUCCUUUUGAACCCAGCGUCCUCCCCUCGAAUCCCAACUACGUCAACACGACAAUACCGAAAGCUGCGGUGGAGGCAGAGAAUGGCGUCGCCGAGCACGUAUAUAAUAAGACCUACAUCGCCACGCAGGGCUGUCUGCCCACCACCAUCUAUCAGUUCUGGUCCAUGAUCUGGCAGGAGGACGUCCGUGUCAUCAUAAUGACGACUAAAGAGAUCGAACGCGGCAAGGUCAAAUGCGAGAGGUACUGGCCGCAUUUGAACAAGACAGAUUCCAUAAUGAAGUUCACGAUCGUGAACGAGUUCGAGUCGUCGACGCAAGACUACACGCUGCGGCGAUUCCUGGUGACGAAGAGCGACGAGCCGGGCGCCAAGCGACAGAUCUUCCACUUCCACUUCACGGCGUGGCCCGACCACGGCGUGCCGUCGGAGCCCGGCCGCGUACUGAACAUCCUGCUGGACGUCAACUACCGCCUACAGCAGAUUAUGACAAGCGCCGCGCCGCCGGCCGCCGCCGUCGUGUGCGUGCACUGCUCGGCGGGCAUCGGCCGCACGGGCACCUUCAUCGUCAUCGACAUGAUCCUCGACCAGAUCAGGAAGGAGGGCUUCGACUGCGAGAUCGACGUCCACCGCACCGUGCAGAUGGUGCGUGACCAGCGCUCUGGAAUGGUGCAAAACGAGGCUCAGUAUAAGUUCAUCUACAUGGCGGUGCUAGAGUUCAUCGAGACGGUAAAGCAGCGCGUGGGGCUAGGCUCGGCGGACUCGAAGACGCGCAGUCACUCGAAGGAGAUCGUGGAGAGAUUUGGUUCGUGGAAAUAACGCUGUCUUGUCGGGUGACUACUUGUGGCGCGGCGCCACUAACUUUCGUAGCCAGACCCGAUCUGACAGCUUAUCUCAUGGGGUGCUCUAUUAUUGGUGCAACAAGCAAGGGAAUCUGGUUCUAUGGAAUGACUGUGCGGAUACUGCGGACAGCUUCACUUUUGCUUUACAUGCAACGAAAUUCGAAACAAGCAAUGCAAUUCAGUGUACAAUACUUUUUUACAUUUGAACGUAAGUAAUGUAACAAAUCGAUUUCUAUAAGACAUCACAUAAUUUCUGUUAGUAUUUAUUCGAGCCAUAAUUUUACGUAGAAAUCGACAAAACGGGAACAUUUCGAGAGUUGUAUAGUAAUAUUGUUAUUAGUUCGAUACUAAAUUCACAGAAUUAAUAAUAAGUUUAUAAAGUGCAAUCCAACAAUAACAUCCUGUUGGAAAUCCCUGAAAUUUGUUAGUGGAAUGGUGUUUUGUCCAGCACCAUUGUUCCGAGUAAUGAGUCAUAUUUCUUAAGAUUUUAUGAGACUCGGCUAGCGGUCUCGGUUAUCGAUUUUUCCAUAGUUUUCUAAAAGUUUAACUUUAUAGAUAAUUUAAUUUGGUUAUAAAUACAUUUUACGAAAUCGUAACAUAACAGAAGUAUAUGGAAAAUGAAUGUUGUUAAGGAGUACAUGGUUAUUGGUAGUUUCAAACUAUAGUUACGCAUAUUACGCGUAGGUACCUAUAUAACUUAAUAAUAUUUUGAACAAGUAUGUUUUAUACUCGUAAUACAUAAGGCCGAGCGCGGCUUCAAUGUGAUCUCGAAUUAGAUUUUGGAUUUAACCGUUUUUUUAAAUAUAAAAUUUUGGUCCGGCUUAUGUGUGUAACUGCAGGAUAUAUUCCGUAGUCCCUUUGGCCUCUGAGCUCCUGAGGCCUCGUGGCCCCGGUGGUCUCGUUUAUUCUAAAGGCUAAAGGAUCUUUGGCCUCACGGCUCAGCCAAUCCACGUAUUUAUCUUAUGUAGAUAGAGCUACCCAGUGGACGGUGAAAGGUGUUGCUUAUAUUCGAUUUAUUUCGGGUAUUAACUUCUCAUUACGUAUACAAUUACACAUUGAAUAUUUAAUUCGCAACACUCUACUUCUGCACAGAAAAUGCGUAUUUCUGUUUCCAACAUGUUGUUUUUUUAAGUAUCGACGCAACAAAAUCCAUCACUUUGAUAGUUAUAUUUUAUUUACUUUAAUAUUAAAUGUAAGUUUUUGAUUUAUUAUUCUUGUCAUAAAGAAAGAUGAGGUGCUUAUAUUGUGAAAUUCGGCCCAUGUUCUAACAUGAUCAUAGAGAGAUGUAUGAUAUAUAUUAAGUAUGAAAUUUAUUUUCCGUUAGAUAUUCUAUAUAGUUAUAGUCGGCGUCUAAAGAAGCUUGUAACACUUUAGUACUUUGUCGCAUUAAAGACAGUAUGUAAAAUCGAAUAAUGACAAGGUGGUAAAGGUCGAACGACUUUUGGGGUCGAUAUGUAGGGUCAGUUCAAGCAGUCAAAUCUCAUUGGAACGGGCAUAAUAAAAAUUGAUUAUUAGGGUGGGCCUUACAUUUCGAAUUUCUCAAUUUUAGGUGAGACCACCAAUUUUAGCGGGGCGCCCGCGUAGAGUUGUGCCGUGUUCGAGAACGUUCUCAGUUUCCUAUGGGAAAUAUAUACAAGCAAGCACAUUUCUCAUACAAAAAAAGAGAACGUUCUCGCGAAAGGCACAACACUUCGCCCGCGUAUUUACAGACAACAAUAGAUAUUUGUUUUACAAGGGGGCAAAGUGUUUGUUCAACCUCGCUAAUAUUGAUACCCGAGCAAACGAAAGAUUCCAAAAUUGAACG